AUUAUUAUCAAUUAAAAUCAAUUUUAAAUUGUAUAUUUUUCUUGUUGUCCACACACAACAUAUACAAAGAUGUCGACACGUCGCCAGGCAAUUACAUUAUAUCGGAAUUUGUUGCGUGAGUCCGAGAAGCUGCCCUCCUACAACUUUAGAAUGUAUGCGCUGCGCAAGAUACGCGACACAUUUCGGGCCAAUAGGAUGGUAAAUGAUUUUAAGGAAAUCGAUCGGCAGAUGGCAAAUGCCAAGCAAAGUUUGGAAUUGAUUCGUCGACAGGUAAUUAUCGGUCAUCUUUACACAACGGAGAAGCUGGUUAUCGAGCAAACAAAGACGCUGCGGCCAUCCGAUGAUUAAAAAGUUGCAUCACUAUCAUCCACUCGAAACACACACAAAUACACACACACACACACACACACACA